AUAGCGUAUAAGUAGGAAUAGGAGAUGCUGUGUAAAUGUUUUGGAUCCCGAUUCAAAGGAAAAUCAUUUGCGUGCACUGAUGCAAGGUAGCUAGGCCUGACCCUUUCUUUGCAUUGGUCGAUGCGUUAUCUAACAGUGAUUACAACAUUAAUCAAUUCGCAAAAAUUGACAACUGGCUUAUUGAAGGUGUUGCUACACGUUUAUUGAACAGGAAGGCUCGCAAAACUUUAUCUUCGACUUCCAAAAUAAGAGCAUAGAAGCAAAAUUCACUAUGGGGGAAAAGCAUCGAAAAAGCGUAGUGCGGGAUCUUCAACCCAACAGUCGGGGGUCGCUCCCAAAGUGGAACCGUUAGCGUCGGGUGAUCAAAGUCAAGCUGGGCAGUCCACCAAGCCAGAGAGAGUUGAUUCAAACACGCGUGGAGAUUACACUGAGAGUUCCGAAGCUUCGACGCAGACAGAGCCGAAAAAAGUGGUCAAGGCGAGUAACGCACACGAGGAAGCCGCGGUUACAACCGCAACAGAGAAGAAGACGCCCUGUGAACCUCAUGAUGGUGAAGGGAUGAUCGAAUCUUCACAUGGGCGUGCGUUUCGGGAGAUCUUUGUCCAGUAUAUUCCUGGUAAACCUCUUUCUCUCACGGAGUUUGGAGCACUUCUUUAUUCUCGUCAGGGUGGUCAUGAGUUCAGGGCCCUAGAUGGGACCGGGCUGGCAAGAACUGUUGGGUUGAGAAACUGUGAUGAACUACUAAGCAUCAAUAACCUGCAGUCAGACAUAAGCAGUGCUAACCAACUAGCAGUUCUAGAAUGUUUCUCAGAUAUUGGCACUCAGAUUGGUUUGGUUAUUAAGCGGAAACAGGAGGAAACGUGGCUGUUUGCUUUUCAUCUCUACGAAAAGGGUAACCGGCCAGUUGUGGAGAACAUAUUCAGCGUAAUUUUGGACAACUCGCGCACACCAGUCAUUCCCGUUGAGAGUGCUUUCAGAGUGAAUCCUGUCUAUUCCUAUGAUUCUUCCCUUCAAGUGCAAAUGAUACUUCAGCAAAAAGAAGACAGAUUCAUGGAGAUCGACAACGACAAGGCGACCUACGUUCUACGUGAAAAGACCGUGACUAUCAAUAAAUACCGACGGAUAUACGGUAGUGAUGACGGUAUUCCAGUCUCCAUCUCAACACCAGAAUCGUCCGUCAGCGAUUCGGACAAUGAAAGCGACUCUGAAUGUGGCAAAGAUGAAAAGUCGAUGUGCAUUAAGGCUGUCGAUGUUGGUCCUCUGAAAGUAGUCGACUUUCCUCCCCACAUGACGCGACGUGGUGAAGAGAUCCUGCAAAAUAACAUGUUCUUUAUCCAUUAUUUUAUCGAUAAUGGAGCAUCUGUAUUUAAGGCUGCCAACACAGAAAAAGAUCUAUUCAUAUCAACUGACGAGGACUAUGACAGGCUUUGGGUUGCAAGUCUGCAAGCAUCGGCCUCCAAGUUCAGUACACAGUAAAAACGCUGCUUAAAAAAAUGAUGUUCACUUACAGUUG